UCUUACUAUGUAAUUAAAACCCUUCUUAAACUUGUAACGAUGUUCUGAAGCAUAUUCAUUGUUUGGAACAAACAAAGGAAAUUUUUUAGCUUCACAUUUUUUUUGUAGGAUAUUAGUCAGAAAAUUUUCUGGUAGGUGUAAUUAAACUUUUUGUCGCUAUAACGACAAAAUGCAGGACUCUGUUCUCUAACCAUCCCGGCUGAUAGGCUUAAUGAUAGCAAGAUAACCUAAAAAGCGAUCGUACUACGAAACAGAAGAAUAGAGACAUGCAUGUUACGUUUCAUCCAGAGUGUGUGUGUGUGUUUAAUGUCCAAGAUAUGCAUGCAGGGGCAGGUAUAUAUAUGUAUUAUGUACAUGGUCCAACCCAGGAGGAUAAAGUGUCAGUGACAUCUUGGCCAUCAUGAUUGCAUGACGAGUCCCACCCAUAUCUUAAUACUUAAAAGUUAAAAGAGCUGCUCAAGGUAAAAGAAUAACACUAUAAAGACAUACUCUCCUUAUGGUGAUAAAAAGAGGCGCACUAUGAUUCUCUUCAACUAUUGAAAGACGAGUCUCUCGGAACAACUAUUUUGGACUAAAAUUUUGGCCCAAUGAUAUGGAAACUCCUCAACACCCAACAACUAUAGAGCUCAACAAUUUAGCUAUUUAAAUUUUGCUACAUUAUUUGGAUAAGAUAUUUAGUCCCAAAUUUUGUGUGUGUAGAAUAUCUCUUAAGGAUACUUUCUCUCUGUCAAUUGUAGUUUACAGUACGUACGAUUGUCCAAGUAGUCAAGUAUAACCUGUUAUUACAAGAAAUGAGGAGUUUGGCAAAGGAAGGGCUGCACAUUACAUUAGGUGCAUUUUUAUUUAUUUAUUUAGUUUUAUAGUUUAGGUGUUUUUUUUUAUGAAUAAAAAGGUCUCCCGAACAGAUUAGUUUGUCCCCCGUACGUGCUUUCUAGCUGAGAAACCAAAGCCAUUCUCUUCUUCAAAAGAGCACCCUAUUCUUCCCUAUUUGCAUCGCAUUUGUUCUUGAAUCUAUUGGUAUUCCAGAGCAGCUGAGACAGAGAUAGGGAGAGAGAAUGUUCCAUCCCAAGAAGCCUUCAACUAUGAAUUCACAUGACAGACCCAUGUGUGUUCAAGGAGACUCCGGGCUUGUGCUCACCACAGACCCAAAGCCCCGCCUCCGAUGGACGGUUGAGCUUCAUGAGCGUUUUGUCGAUGCUGUUACUCAGCUUGGGGGACCAGAUAAGGCCACGCCAAAGACCAUCAUGAGAGUUAUGGGUGUCAAGGGUCUCACUCUUUACCAUCUCAAGAGCCAUCUUCAGAAAUUCAGGCUCGGAAAGCAACCUCACAAGGAAUUCAGUGAUCAUUCAAUUAAAGAUGCUUCAGCUUUGGAACUUCAAAGAAGUACUGCAUCAUCGUCUGGAAUGACGGGCCGUACUAUGAAUGAGAUGCAAAUGGAGGUGCAGAGAAGACUGCACGAACAAUUAGAGGUACAGAGACACCUUCAGCUGAGAAUUGAGGCUCAAGGGAAAUACAUGCAAACAAUACUGGAAAAAGCCUGUCAAACGCUUGCUGGUGAAAACAUGGCUUCAGGAAGCUAUAAGGGCAUUGGAAAUCAAGGGGUUCAUGACAUAUCAGCCAUGAAAGAUUUUGGGCCUGCUUUGAACUUUCCAUCUUUACAAGACCUCAACUUAUACGGAAGUGAGCAACUUGAACUUCAACAAAACAUGGAAAGGUCAUCACUUGAUGGACUUAUGCCAACUAAUGGCAACAUGUGUCUGGGUAAGAAGAGGCCUAGCCCUUACGGUGGCAGUGGAAAGAGCCCUGUAAUCUGGUCGGAUGAUCUCCGUCUGCACGAACUGGGAACAGCACCACCGUGUCUUGGUCCUCAGGACGAUCCAUUCAAAGGUGAUCACGAGAUUCAAAUCGCAGCACUGUCAAUUGAUAGAGGCAAUGAUAUUGAUUGUGUGUCCGACAUGUAUGAAACGAAGCCCAUACUAACUGGUGAUGCUAUGGGUGAAAAGAGAUUUGACAACUCUGCAAAGCUUGAAAGGCCCUCCCCACGAAGAGCUCCACUUUCGACUGACCGUAUGAACCCUGUGACUAACACCAGUGCCAUGCCACAAGGCAGAAACUCUCCAUUCGGGAUUAGAUCUGAGAGACCGGUUACCAUAGUUUUUGGGUGGAGGAGAUGUUUGCGCAACUACCUAUAUUGGUUCCAGGGAAAAUUUUAGAAUCUGCAAGAUGCAAGGAGGCUCUCUCCUCCACACACGCAAACACCCUGUGAGAGAGUGAGGAGAGAGAGAGAGAGAGAAGGCAACGCACUCCCAUGCGUGCAAAUAUCGAGGAAGCUUCUAUCUUUAUGAGGGCAAAGUUGAGUCUGCCAUCAAAAGCUGAUGGAAUUAAUCAUUACACUAGACGACAUGAGAAUGAAUAGAUGUUUAUACAGUAUUGAAUGAUAGGGUUAUAAGUGUAUAAAGUCGGUAUAAUGCCCAAUGCACGCGCAUUGGAUUCUGUUUGCUAAUCCCUUUUAUAUUUUGUUUGUGCACAGAAAACUCUCUAAAGAUAUACAAUGCACAAGCUUCUUUUGUCUCCCAACCCCACUCCCUCUCUCUCAAGGUCUCACAUACACUGGAGUACACACAAGCAUUGGACCUAUUACAACCAAAAUUGUAUAACACGAUACAUGUGUACCAUUAGGGUCUCCAAUGCAAGCUCUAAAACUCUAUAUUUCCACGAUCAUAAAAU